AUGACCUUAGCUGGCCUGGUGACCUCAGAGGCCGGUGGGUACUAUGGGAGGUGCUACCCAAAGACAGAGUAUGUCACCAAGUACCAAACUAAAUAUAAAUACUACUCAGUGUACGAGACGGUCUACGACAAGGAGUACGUCCCCACGACCGUCUACGAAUCCAUCUACGACACCGUCAGCGUCACCAAGUACACGACGUCGUACGUGCCGGAGUACGUCCACAAGACGCAGCACGAGACGGACGUGCAGUACGUCACCCACCACAGCACGAUCUACGACACGGUCUACGAGACGAAGUACGACAAGAAGGUGGAGUACGUUUCGGAGUACGUCACGUCCGUGUUCUACACGACGCACGUCCUGACGGACGUCGUGUACGACACCGUCUACAAGACGGAGUACGCCCCUGAGUACGUGUACGAGACGGAGGUCCGCUACCAGACCGAGUACGUGACUAAGCCGCUCGUCCACUACGAGACGAUAUUCAAGAUCAGGGAUUCGUACAAGACGGUUUGCCCCUACGGGGGGGAUUGA